GAUAAGUCUUUACGGAAGGGAAGGCAGUAUAGAGCGGCGAUAGGUGCGCGCGCAGGGCGGCGGGCGCGGCGCGGCCCGUCAGUCCGGCCGCCCCCGCCGCUCGCUCCGGUCCCGGCACCGCCGGGUGCUGUGCCGGAUGCCGCUGCCGGCCGCCGCCUGCGAUGGUCCACACCGGGCUGGUGCGCGCUCCUACCCGCGCUAUGUUCACCGCCGCUGAGACCAAGCCGCGUCGCGCCGUCUCCCCGCUCGGUAUUCCGAAAUCCCCGUCGUUCCAUUCGGGACUCGAUCUGGUCGCUAGCCAAACUACCAAGCGCUCCGAAAGCGUGUCCGACGUCGCUCGUGCGUUCCGUUUUGCGCUUUUCUCUGGUGGAAUGGAGACCCCGGGUCCGCCGCAGAAGGCGCCGUCGCCGCCGGGCGCGCGCAGCCCGCCCGCAGCUGCUGCGAUCACGCCCGAACGGCUCGCCGUGCCCGCUGAUAAAGAGAGCCUUAUGGUCCAAUUGCCCAUACUUAAAGAUGCGCCAGCCGCCGAACGCGAGCAGCUCUUCGUGCAGAAGCUACGACAGUGCUGCUUGCUGUUCGACUUCGCUGAUGAACCCCUCUCCGACUUGAAGUGGAAGGAGGUGAAGCGCGCCGCGCUGCUGGAGAUGGUGGAAUAUGUCACGUCGCAGAGGGGAGUCGUCACUGAGGCGAUAUACCCCGAGGCGGUCAAUAUGUUUGCCAUAAACCUCUUCCGGACACUGCCGCCGUCGUCCAACCCCAACGGCGCAGAGUUCGACCCCGAAGAGGACGAACCCACACUCGAGGCAGCCUGGCCACAUCUUCAGCUAGUCUACGAGUUGUUCCUGAGGCUGUUGGAGUCUCCAGACUUUCAGCCCAAUGUAGCCAAGAAAUACAUUGACCAGAAGUUUGUGCUAUCGUUACUAGACCUGUUUGAUUCCGAGGACCCACGCGAGAGGGACUUCCUUAAGACGACGCUGCACCGGAUAUAUGGAAAGUUCUUAGUGCUGCGCGCUUACAUACGGAAACAGAUCAACAACGUCUUUUAUAGGUUUAUAUACGAGACGGAACACCAUAACGGAAUAGCUGAAUUACUGGAGAUCCUCGGCUCCAUCAUCAACGGCUUCGCGCUGCCGUUGAAAGAGGAACACAAGAUGUUUUUACUCAGGGUGCUGCUACCUCUACACAAGGCGAAGUCUCUAUCCGUGUACCACCCACAGCUAGCUUACUGCGUAGUACAAUUCCUGGAGAAAGACCCCUCCUUAACACAACCCGUAGUCAGGGCAUUAUUAAAAUACUGGCCAAAGACGCACUCGCCCAAGGAGGUGAUGUUCCUAAACGAGAUGGAGGAGAUCCUCGACGUGAUCGAGCCCGCGGAGUUCCAGAAAAUCAUGGACCCGCUCUUCAGGCAGCUCGCUAAGUGCGUCUCCAGCCCGCAUUUCCAAGUGGCCGAGCGCGCUCUCUACUACUGGAACAACGAGUACAUAAUGUCCCUGAUCUCGGACAACGCGCACCACAUCCUGCCCAUCAUGUUCCCGUCGCUGUACCGCAACACCAAGAGCCACUGGAACAAGACCAUCCACGGGCUCGUCUACAACGCGCUCAAGCUGUUCAUGGAGAUGAACCAGAAGCUCUUCGACGAGUGCACGCAGCAGUACAAGCAGGAGAAGCACAAAGAGCGUGAACGCCUCCUCCAAAGGGAAGAGCUGUGGCUGCGGCUAGAAGCCAAAGCGGCCACGGCGCCCCCCGCCCCCGCCCCCGCGACCCCCGCGCCCCCCGCGCCCCCCGCACUCGCCCCGCGCCGCGACGACACCAUACAGUUCGCGGACGACGCGCCCGACCUCAGCUACACUAGGAUCGAGAGAGAGGCGACGCAGGCUCGCAAGCAAGGUCUAACCUCCGCCAAACCAGCGCCCCUGCUCCGGAAGAAGUCGGAGCUGCCCGCAGACUCCAGCACCGUGGCCGCGCUCAUCCAGCACCAGCGCGCCGACCAGUACCUGAGCACGCCGCCCGAGCCCGACCAGUGCUAGCGGACGUGAGUACCUAC